CGUAAGAAUUAACCCUAUUCACCCUUUUUACUGACAAUUGGUGUAUUUUUAAGAUUAUUUAUGAGACUACAUCACUGAUUAUAAUAUAAUCAGUGGAUAUAGUCGGUGCACAAGUGAAGAGAAGGAAACUGAUAUCAGACAAUAACAGCUUACGGGAACAUAAAACAGAUAACACCACUACAACGACGGCCGCGUUCGUUACAUGCCUGUACUAUUAAUUUUUUUUUUUUUGUAUCUUAUGUAACUAUUGCGACUGUUCGAUAGAUUAUUGACUCUGGUUGGACACAAUUAUGUACGUUGUUCGACAAUCAACUUGUUAUUGAACCACAAAAGUGCGAUGUGAUUUUUAAAACUAUAAUAUUGGUAUAAUAAAGAAUUUACUUUUUUGUAUUGAAGCGUAACUUAAUUAUUUUUGACCCUGGUCGUUCUUUGUCUAAUGGUAAAACUUUAUCAUCUAACAAUGAGUCACGACGAAGAGGAAGUCCAAAGUUUGAUCAGAGUAAAAGAUGAACACAAAGAUUCAGAAUGUUGUGGUUUCUGGUGUCAACUUUUAUUAUCUUUAUUUGGCAUUACAUUUUUGUUUACCGGAAUAAUUAUGGCUGAUCUGUGGCCACAGAUAUUUGGUGGUAUAAUGAAAAAUAAACUUGAGUUAGUUAAUAAUACUCAAACAUAUGACUAUUGGAAACAAAUUCCUGUACCAUUAAACAUGAGCAUAUAUUUGUUUAACUGGACAAAUCCUGAAGAAACAUUGCAGAAUGGAACUAAACCAAUACUGCAACAGCUUGGACCAUAUGUUUUCAAAGAAAACCGUACUAAAGUGAAUGCAAAUUUUAACAGUAAUGAUACAAUUACAUAUAUGCAAUUAAAAAGUUGGCAAUUUGAUCAAAUCCUUUCAAAUGGUUCAUUGUCCGACCAAAUUACCACUGUUAAUAUUGUACUCAAUAUUUUAGGUCAAAAAUUAGAAGCAAUCCAUUAUCAUUGGAUAUUUGUUCUAGUAAAUUUUUAUUUAAAGAUGUCAAAUAUUAGUAAGCCAUUUAUAACAAAGACUGCUGGUGAAUUUAUUUUUGAUGGUUAUCAUGAUCCUGUUUUGGAUAUAUUAGAUGAACUACAAAAACACAUUCCCCAAAUUCCAAUUAAUUUACCUUUCAAAAAAGUGGGAUGGUUCUACGGUAUGAAUAUGUCUACUAGUGCUGAUGGCUUAAUUAACAUGUUUACUGGAGUAGAUAACAUAGAAAAACUUGGAUUAGUACAUUCAGUUAAUUAUAGUGAAAAUUUAAAUGUUUUUAAUAAAGAUUGUAGUGCUUCAAAUGCUUCUGCAGGUGAUUUAUGGCCAGAACAUACUGCCAUGCAAUCUAAUAUUUCAAUAUAUAUACCUAGUAUUUGCAGUGCAUUAACUUUGACAAAGAAAAACUAUAAGUUUAUUAAUGGUAUAAAAAGUAUGGAGUUUACUGGGAAAUCUGAUGUUUUUAACAAUACAUGUUAUUGUCCAUCAUCAGGAUGUCUUUUACCUGGUGUACGAUCAUUAAAUUUAUGUGGAAACAAUGCGCUCCCAAUAUUUAUAUCAUUUCCACAUUUUUAUUUAGCUGAUGAAUCAUAUAGACAAUCAAUAAUUGGCAUGAAGCCCAAUAAGACUUUGCAUGAAUUUAAAAUAAUUUUAGAAAAUGAGUAUUCAAUACCUCUUCAUAUAGCAGCAAGAUUACAAUUUAAUGUCAAAAUGAAUCCAAUUAAGGAUAUAAAAGUUUUAAAAAAUGUGCCAGAAGUCUUUUUACCUGUAUUUUGGUUUGCUGAUACAUUUGAAGUUCCAAAAAAUGUGUCUGACCAAUUAUUGAUUGUUACAAAUGUAUUACCAAUUAUCACGCCUUAUGUAUGGCUAACAAUGUCCUUGACUGGGUGUAUAAUGCUAGUUUUAAGCACCUACUUAUGGGUAAGCAAAAAAAAUAAAAGUUUCACAGUCUUAGAUCCAUUGUAAAUUAAAUUGUUUCAUUUUGAGGCAAUCUCAAUGUUCCUAAAAUAAGUAUAUAAAAAUAAAUUUUGUUUAUUGGUGGUUUAAGUGACCAAUAUUUUAGUCAUUAAACUUUUGGCCAUAAAAAAAUAUAAUAUCUUAUUUAUUUUAUUUUAUUUGUGUAUAACAAUAUUAU